AUGAGAUCUAUUCUGGCUCUCACACUGGCUACGGCCGCGUCGGCCGUCGUCAUUCCCGAGUCUCUCGAUGGUCUCAAUAACUUCAAGGACGACAUCAAACAAACCCUUGAGGAUAUUCCCAACCGUCUGCGCAAGUCGCUCAAUGAGGCUACCGACCAACUCUCAUCCGAGAUCGCCGCUGCUAUCCACAACAAGAUUCAGGACGAAGAAGCCUUCUUCCCCACCACCGACGAAGACAUUGACGAAGAUGCGUCUAUCUUUGGCAGAACCGGCGGCGACUUUACAAGCCUUACUACAUAUGAGCUGAUCGCAAAAAGCAACCACACCAAGAAGUUCUUCAAGCUUGUUCAGGAGCACGAGAAGUUCGGGAAGUUGCUUAACAGCACGGAUGCUAACUACACACUUUUCGUCCCGACUGACGAAGCGUUUGAGCAUAUCCCUCACCACCACAAGGAUAAGCCUAGUGAUGAGUUUGUCGAGGAUGUUCUUAACUACCAUCUCGGUAUCGGCGAGUAUCCUGCGUCGAGAAUCCUCUUCACGCAUACUGUGCCUACCGUCCUGAAGGAGUCUCUUCUUGGCGACAAGCCUCAGCGUCUUCGCACUAGCGUUGGCCUUUCUGGAGUCAGGGUCAAUGUGUACAGCAAGGUUAUCGCAGUCAACUUCAAAACCAAGAACGGUAUCGUCCACGCCGUCAACAGAAUCCUCGUUCCACCUCCCUACAUUGGCAAGGAGAUUAGUCUUUUCCCUUCCCAGUUCUCAACCCUUCUUCUCGCCUACGACAAGACCGACUUCGUCAAGUAUAUCCAUGACGUCCCCAUGGUCGGCAGCACCGUCUUCGCGCCCUCCAACCAAGCCUGGGCUCGUCUAGGUGCCCGCGCAAACGCCUUCCUGUUCAACACCGACACGGGAAAGAAGUACCUCCGCGCGCUGCUCAAGUACCAAAUCGUUCCCAACGUGACGCUUUACAGCGACGAGGUGUACUACGGCGACGAGAAGAUGUCCAAGAAGCUCACCGGCCACGGCGAUAACUUCCACCUGGAGUUGCCUACUCUGCUUGAGAGGAGCGUGGGUGUUGAUGUGCACACUUUCAAGAGCUGGACUACUAUCGUCCUCAAUGGACAGACUUCUAUUGGCUUCCAGGAUGCUGUUGGCAAGAAUGGCGUAAUUCAGGUUCCCAGGAGCAUUCCUAUUCCACCGCACAGGAAGGGUGAGCAUCCUUCUGAGGUCGAUGGUGAGAUUAGUGUUGAGGAGCUUGUCGAGAGACUGCAGGAUUAUGUCGAGGAUGAGGAGGACGAUGCCGAGUAUCAAGAUAAUGAGCUCUAA